AUGGGCGACUUAGUCUGCCGACUUCAGCAGCGGCAGGAACUUCAGAUUGUCUCAGAGGAGGUUCGGCCAGAGGAGCUCUUCCGAAGGCUCGAACUCUUCCGGGACUUUGCUGAGGGCUUAGCCCGGCACCUAGAUACAGUCACGAUUCCCAGUGUUUCGGAGAUCACCGAGCUCAAUGAGAAGCUACAGGAGAUCCAUGAGAAUACGCUCGGCACCAACCUCACUCAAGCAGAAGGCUUCAUUCUUAGGACCUCUUUGCGAUUGGCGAUGUUGGCAUAUGGGCGAAAUGAUGGCAAGGGCUUGUCAUAUCAUGAGUUAAGGGGAACAGAAAAGCAGGUCUCUAUGCUUGAGCUGCAGUUCACGAGCUUUCGCCACAAGUUCCGGACGGAUGACGCAGCCCACCUGGUGGCAUAUCUCUUCAAGGUGCAAGGGCCCAAAGGGCCUGGGGUUGGCAUCGUGUUGAGCUACAAAGGCUCCACGAACUUAGCUGAUUGGAUGUGA